UGGAAGGCCCCCCGGGGUGCGGCGCAGGCGGGCGCGAUAGCGGUGCCCGCGCGGACGGGCGGGGGGGGGGGGGGGAAGGAGACGGAAGCCGGGAGGCUGCCUGAGGUACCGUCCCUAAAGGGCGUUUGUUAAGGGAGUGCCCGGGCUCUGGCGUGAGACGGGUGGGCUGAGCUGGGCCUGGGCCUGGGCCUGGGCUUGAGACGGAACGGGGAUGCAGCGGUGGGCCGGGUCGGUCUGGGCUUCCCUGUGGGGGGCCGGCGGGGGCCGCUGGGCGGGCUGGGAGCUGUUGGCCGCCUGCGCGGUGAUCGGCGUGGUAGGCUGGCUGCUCCGCUUGCUGGACAGGAGGCCGGGCGGCCGGAGGGCUCUGGGGCCGCUCCCCUCGCAACCCGCGCUGCCCGGGGGGAGCCGGCGCUGCAGUGGGAGCCGCCCAGGAGAAAUAACAAUGGAUGCUAUAUUGUCUCGACUGAAGCAGCUAACGCCAGAUGAUCUUAGAGAAGAAAUUGUGAAAGCUGGACUGAAGUGUGGACCCAUUACCUCAACCACCAGGUUUAUUUUUGAAAAAAAAUUGGCUCAGUUUUUGUUGGAACAACAGGGAGGGUUGGAGAUUAAUGCAUCCACUCUUUCAGAGAAAUCUUCUGAAAACAUUGCAUUUCAUAGUAGCCAGUCAGAAAUACAAAGAGCUUUGAAAUCUACUGCAGUGAACCACAAAAGUCAUGUAAACGUCUCUGAAGAGGGAGACUUUGGGUACAAUAUGGGCCUGAAUCCCCCAGAAGAGGAAGUUAUAAUGCACAAGACCUGUUCUGCAUCUGUCUGCGGAGCAGUAGAUGUUGAUUCACAAAUAAAUGCUCAGACGCCAUCAAGAGAUCCUCCUCUAUAUUAUGGCGUAUGUCCGGUUUAUGAUGACAUACUGGCAAGAAAUGAGAAAGUGCAUGUUUAUGAUGAUAAAAAGGAAGCUCUGCAGGCUGUUAAGAUGAUUAAGGGCUCCCGAUUUAAAGCUUUCUCCAACAGAGAAGAUGCUGAGAAAUUUGCAAAAGGAAUAUGUGAUUACUUCCCAUCUCCAAGCAAGUCAUCUUUAUCUUUAUCUCCAGUGAAAAUAGGACCAUUAUUCAACAGAGAUGGCUUAUGCUCCCCUGAGACAGAAACAGUUAAUAAAGAAAGAGCCAACAGUUAUAAAAGUCCCCGUACCCAGGACCUUACUGCCAAACUUCGGAAAGCUGUAGAGAAAGGAGAUGAAGCAACAUUUUCAGAACUUAUCUGGAGUAACCCACGCUAUCUGAUUGGAUCUGGAGACAACCCAACAAUUGUACAAGAAGGGUGUAGGUACAAUGUCAUGCAUGUUGCUGCCAAGGAGAAUCAAGCUGGCAUCAGCCAGUUGCUAUUAGACACUUUGGAAAAUCCUGAAUUUAUGCGGCUCAUGUAUCCAGACGAUGACGAAGUAAUGUUGCAGGAGCGCAUUAGAUAUAUAGUUGACCUUUACCUUAAUACGCCGGAUAAAAUGGUAUUUGAUACUCCAUUGCAUUUUGCUUGCAAGUUUGGGAAUCUGGAUGUGGUUAAUGUGCUUACCUCACACCCAGACAUUGUAAAGAAUCCAAAAAACAAGUAUGGUCAAACUCCAGCAGAAGUAAUCUGUGAAAGAAACAAAAAUAAAUCGGUGGAACUGAAAGAGAAAAUAAGAGAAUAUUUGAAAGGUCGAUAUUAUGUACCACUCUUGCGAGCGGAAGGCAAUUCCUCAUCUCCAGUGAUUGGUGCACCUUGGUCACCUGAUCAGUCAGAUGAUAACCCCCUUACAGCUUUACCUAAACACAGUGGAAGCCCCAAAGAUCCAGUCUUGUCAGUGAGAGCUUUUGCAGGCCCAAUGACCCCCUCCAAGGCAGAAGAAUUUCGCAGGCUUUGGAAAACUCCACCUAGAGAGAGAGCAGGCUUCUUUCACAAUGUCAGGAAAUCCGAUCCAGAAAGAGGAGUUGAAAGAGUUGGAAGGGAGUUAGCUCAUGAGCUGGGGUUCCCGUGGGUUGAAUACUGGGAAUUUCUGGGCUGUUUUGUUGAUCUGUCUUCCCAGGAGGGGUUGCGAAAAUUAGAAGAAUACCUGAGUCAACGGGACAUGAGCGAAAAGGCUCAGCAAGAAACAGGAGAAAAUGAAACCUGCAACAGAUAUAAAACUCCACAUUCUUCUGGCAAAAGUAAAAAGUGCUGCAAUUCCAUUUCUGUUGGAGCAUUUUUAGAUGAAGAUGAUGAUGACGACAUGAGCUUGGAAGAAAUUAAAAACAGACAGAAUGCAGCACGGAAUAAUAGCCCACCUGUUGUGUCUAAGGAAUCUAGUAUGGAUGCUAUUGGAGAUUCGGAGUGUGACAUACUGUCGAUGGAGAACAAAGUAAACCUUAUAGAAACAUCAGACCUCUCCAUGCAGUACGAGAAGGGGGUUUCUUCCAGCAAAAAUGGAUUUUGCAGCCCUGUAACUAAUGAGAGGGUAACUAGUGACAGAAAACAUUCACGUGGUGGAGAGGAGUGCCUUAUCUCCCCAGUCUCCAAUUUAAUGGCAGAAUUUGAAAGACUGUCUUUCCAAGAUGAAGCAGUGGCAGGGGAAUGUUUGGUGGUGAAAUCAAACAAAAUCACUGCAAAAACUGAGAAUGAGAGAAUUUUGGCUGAAGGAAUGAGCCAGGUCAGAAUAUCUAAGGACCAGCUGGGUAAAACCUGCUCAGCACUUUCUAUGGCAAGCUGUUCUGAGCCAGCUACUACUGAAAAGCCUGGAGAUACAAAAUUAAGGACAGAAAACAAAAUACCAUCAGAAGCUGAGAGACUGUCAUUGGACCCUGGUAUCUGGGACAAAGACACACAGCAGCUUGGCAGUCUUGCAGUGCAAUCUGAGUGUGCUGCUUAUUUGUGUCAAGAGCCCUCUUCUCAGAGAUUUCUUUUGAAGACUCCACCAACAAAUGAAAAUACAAGCAAGUUAUUCCUCUUUGGGGAACAACCAUCAAAGCUGGAUAGUGAUGUCUUAGCAGCUGUAGAAGGAGUAGAGAUUGACCCACAGAAAUACCCCAUUACUUACAAAUGGAAGAAUGCUGUAAAGUCCUACUCUUCUUCUGACAGGCAAAGUUGGCCAAGUCCAGCACUGAAAGGAAGGUUCAAGUCCCAGUCUCUUGCAGAAGGCCCACCAAAUGGUUCAACGUACUCAAGAAGAAAUAGUCCAGUGAUGGGCAGCCCAGGGAAAUAUGGCAAUGUUGCUUCAUUUUUUCCAGAUCUUGGGAGUCCUGGGCGGUACAGUCCAGCUUAUGCCAACAAUAUCCUGUUUUUAAAACUGCAUCACUUGUCAGAACCUUCUGCCCAUUAGAACAUAACUCAUCUUCCUGGGACUUUAAUUAUAUUUUCAUUUUAAGAGUGGAGGGAAAAACUGUAGCAUUGCUAAAGUGACAUGAGGAAGUAUCCUUGGCUAUUUAUUUAUCCUCAUUUGAGGACAAAUAUACAUUUUAAAAAUUGAAUGUGUCUUGACUUCUUGUAAAUCACCAGUAAUCUAUCCAGUACAUGAAGUUAGUGAAGUUAACUCUUAUCCAGUAGUUAUAAAAUAAAUUAACCCUUAUUCUUGUUAACAGCAGGGCAGUGACCUGAACCUUUCAUGUAGUGAUUCCUGCUAGAAAUGGUGGUGUUUGCUGUAGGCCAAAUGUGAUAGUCAAAAUGAACCCCCAGAUGCAUUUUUUUCACUUGGAUAACUUUGAAGCAUCUUCUCUCUAAAUUAGAAUUCUGUUUAUUGAUAAGUGAUGCAAGGAGUCAAAUGCAUUCAUAUUCCAUUUACAGUAGGAGAAAAAAACAUUUAACCUAGGUGAUUACCUCUUCCCUGUUCCAGUAAGAAUUUGACUCCCCACUGCUCAAUAGGAAAAGUUUGCUUAUGGCCAACAAUUGAGUCUAAACAGUAAGAAAUCUCUAAAAUAAAAAGCAGCCAGAGAAACUUUCAUGGGUCACUUCUCAUUCUGAGGAUGAUGAUAAAAACACAUCACAGGUUGAGUGUUUUAGGAAAAGGGCACACUAGAAAUUAGUGAACUAUGUUUGUGUUAAUUUGAAAAUAAAAGCUCAGCUUUUGCCAACCAAAGCUUUUGCCAUUUUGCAGACUUCACUAGUAAUUACACAAAAGCAUAUCAGCAAUAAUUAAAGUAAGUUUACCAGUGAUGUAUGUUAAUGGUCCAGUUUAAUGUGGUAUAUUAUGGAGAUAAACAGAAACCCAUGAAGUGGUUCCUUAUUUCCUAACUGUUAGAAGGGAUGAAUAAGGACUGAGACAUUAUUUUUUAUUGAAAUACAGAUUCUUACUGUCUGUCGUCUAGAUACAGUAACUACCCUUUUUUUUCCUUCCAAGCUACAAUUAAAAAUAAUUUAAUUCCUCAGUAUUCUUUAAGGAUGACCACUUUGGAUAGUGCUACAUGGAAAUUGGAAAUGUUUCUAAACUUGAAACAGAACACUCAGAGUGUAGAUUUUGAUACUUGUGUUUUUGCUUAAGAAUAGGCUUUCAAGUAGUGUAGUUCCCUAUUACAUAUAGUUUCUACCACAGAAUUAAAAAAAAAAUCUUUAUGAUAGACAGCUAUGUUUUGAAAAUUCAAAGGUGCCACAGGCAUAUGAGUAAAAAGCAUAGAUUAUAGUGGUUGAUAACACUACCCCCCAUUGCAAAGAACCUCAAGGAGUUUUUAUAACAUGCAUAUGUAUCUAAAGGAACCUUAAUAGUAGAUGGGAUGGCAUAGUAUAUUGUUAUCCAACUGUGGGACCUUUAUUACAUCACAGAGGUUGGAUUAAAUUAUACAAGAUGUGGCUGUUUUGGUAGCUAUUGCACACUAGAGUAAAAUGACUGUUUCAUACACAAACUGUACACUGUUCUGAAUAGAGUCGUUUGGUACGAACUUCAAAACUGCACUUAAUGCUUUUGCAAGCUUAAUAGUGCCUUUUGUAGCAUUUUCGUUUGUGGUUUUAAAAGUGGCAUCCACUUACAUGGGAAUUUAAAAAUGUAGUUUCCCCUCUGAAUGGAAAAGUAUUCUAAAGGUUCUUUCUGUAGCUUACUGUUUUGGUGAAAUAGCUUGGAGUUACAGAUGUAUGUUUGGAACUGUGUUUAUAGGUGGCUUAAAUGGAAAUUGUUGUUUGAUUCCCAUGAGCUGAAUGUUAAAAUGAGCCACUACCUUCUAACUGACCUUCAUUCAAAUAUAAUCCACCCAAGUUGCUUUAUUGUGGGACUCUCCUCCAAAAAAACCUACUAUAUUAGUAGUAACUUUUUCAGUGGCUAUUCAUUUUUGUUGCUGUAGGGGUCUGUAUCAAGCAUACAUUUCAGUUGCUUUAACUUCUAAAUUAUUAAAUCAAUUUCCCUAAACUUUCUGGACUGUGUAGUAAUUAUCCAGUCUAUCCAGGUAAUUGCUUAAAUACACAGACAGGUGGUGGGUGUGUGUGUAUAUAAAUAAAAGCUGAAAACACUUCACAAGCUAGUUGUACUCAUCUUGAAAAACUGAUUACUGCAUAUAUUUUUUUCCAGUACUUCCAACAUCUGUGGCUGUCUGAGGCGGCUAUGGGCCUCCAGAUGAUGGAAAUUCCCACUUACAUCUUUGACACAAGUUCUACAUUCCUGUUUAGAAAUAGCUUAAGAAAAACUUUGGUAAAACACAAGCAGGAGAUUGAGAAACUGAUGCUUUAUUACUAGUUCCUGUCCUUUUUCUUUUACACUUGUUAUAUGCUUUUUUGUAUUAAAAUGCAAAUUUCUGGCACAAAAACUUCUACCAGUUUGUAACUUUUGUUUGAGGUUGGGGGGGGGGGGGGAGAGCAUUUUUUAGUGAAAAAUGCCUUAUUGAAUUUGCAUUUUAGUCCAUGUGUUUGUACUCUGUUUUAAGUAAAUUUAUAAUACGUUAACUUCAUUUAUUUAAAAAUAUAGCAAUUUGUUCAUUCACAAUCUUGAAAGAUCUUCUAGAAGAGGCUGAAGACACUAUAAAUCUAGAUUGGGACAGUUUGUUUAGUUUUUAAUAGUUGAUCUCCAAUUACACAAAGGGUCUUUUAUGCAUCAAGUAUGACUUUAAAAUGCUGAGGUUUAGCUACUAUUCUUUCCUUUCAAAGUAAACAGGUAUUUAAGGUUUCAUAGGGCAACAGGUAGAUGGGAAUAUAUAUCCAUGCUGUGAUAUACAAAUAAAGCAUCUUUCUUUUAGAUACUAUGGUUUCAUUUCUAUAAUGAAAUUUUAAUUGGUACCUCAAACUAAAGGUUUGGAAAAUAUUUCACAACUUGAAAGAUGUUUGUUUUUUUUAUCUCUUAAUCACUGCAUUUUGCCAUUCAAAAGAAAUGCCCAUAUUUGAGAGGAGAGAGAAAUUUAUGCUCUGUUGCUCAGAUCAGAGAGGGGUAUUUUAAUGGUACAAAAUCUGUACUUUAAAAAUAGAGCUAUUGCCAGCUUAAUUUUGUUUUUAUACCUUAGUGCCAAUACAAAGGCUGAUUUCUGUACAUGUGCAAAAGUGUGUUGUAUGUGCUCUUGCCUUCCCUGCACGUAUUUAUGGUUUUCAAUACUGUGUAUGUAAUGUGUUGGAAUAAAGUGCACAAAAUAUUCAGCAUUA